GGGGGCUGCACCGCGCUGGCGCCGGCCUUCAUUGGUUCAGAAGCCGUCUCAAAACAAAGCAGCAAAACUUUUCGAGCAACAGAUCGCCCUCGCCGCCAUCGCAGCGGAGCCACCCCUUCGUCACUUGCAUGUUAACCCGGUCCCGUAGCGGGGGCUAGCGCCCGGCUGCAGAAGGGCAUUACAGACCGAGGUGUGAGGGCACUUUUGUCUGGAAAACGGCGUCUGAACCAGUUAACAUAUCACAUGGAGGGGAGAGAGAUGACUCUUCAAAUUGUUGAAAGAAUUUACGGUCCUGUCGCACGGAGAAUCAAGCAGAAUCAGCUAGGUUGCCCCAUAACGGCACGGCGUCUCUGUCGUCGCACACUUCACCAGAGGGUACACAGGAAUCUGCGGAUGCCCUCUCACAUGAUUUGUUUAUACGAUGAUUGAGAGCAGACAGCAAUCGGUGGAAGCAACCCGACGGGUAAAAGGAGCUUCUAAAACGCUGGCCACCCGGUGGACACCCUGUAGCUAUUCAUUGUUUCAAACCCUUCAGGCAAUGUCAUUCGACAAAAAGGCACCACGAAAGAGCGUGACUGCCGCAUCCUUCCGCAGUUAUCGGGUAGUUCCAUAAUCUCACAGCCUCGGUUCGGGCCCCGCGUCGUCAUGACACUUUGCCUUCUGUAACAGGGACCUCUGUCGGCAACAAGAAUCCGAGGGACAAGUGUCGCAAGUAGAAGUAGGUGAUUCGUCGGCUACACACUGCUUUUAAAGAGUUCUUAGUGAAGACGCGACCUCAGUACUCGGGAUGAGGGACGCCCUGAGAGUGGACUUUAAGCUACAGCUUGUUCACAAGAUUGCGGUCAGAGACUCGGAGGACCUGCACAAACGGGUAGGUCGUCGACUGCCUGAAUCAUUGUCACUCCAGUUGCUUGUUGCUAGUUGUUUUGAGACUACCUUGGCGAAGCCGAGCUGAUACCAGGUGGAAAUCCAGUCAUUUGUUCUAGUCCCAAUCAAGAAAUGAAGGAAAACGACGCCAGAAUCGCUUUUCACUCUCUCUCUCAGCAGGCACUUUGCGUGGUGUGCCUGUGCUUGUUGAAAUUUCAGGACGCCUACUCCACCGUGUGCCCUCGGAAGGCACCAUCAGCGCCACAUCAGUGGCCAGGCGCUAUGGUUAUGUGAGAAGAAACAUGUGUUUCACAAAUUUUCCCCCAAUAGCAGUGUGUUAGCGCUGGCGCCCAUGAGCUUCCAAGUGAGUGGCAUAUUACCGUAAACAGUUGAGUGUGAGUUAGUUGCCUUCGUGAAAACUGAAACAGCUAGUGCACGUAACUCUUCCCCACCAUCCUAACGUGAUUAUGAUGACGCCUACAGUGCCUAGAAAUAAUAUACAACGAGCAAAUCGGCAGCAGCUUUCGGCGGCUGCUGACACGGAGAGUUCCUGAAACGUCGGUGGCCCCUAGGGACCAAAAUGUACGUACUCUUUUCUUAACAGACCCACCAUUCUACUUCUAUUCUUCUUCCUAGUUUCUCUCAGUGCAAAGUUAUGCUAAUGGGGUGCGCUGUAGGACUUCCGAACCCAAGCAGUGGAUGCAUUUCAUCCAGGCCUGAUGGAUCAGCUGGGCCACUAUGAAAAAGCACGUUGAGCACGAGGCGGAAAACCGGCGGGACGGAAAAGUCUAUGUGCAGGUAGCGAUUAUCUGCCAGUGAUCCGGCGCACAUAAUUCGCCAGGCACCGUGUCACUGCUCCGUUUUGUGAGACACCCUCUGGAGUGUCAAACACCUUGUAAUCGGCGGACCUGAAGCAACACACCCUGUCCGUAUAUAAAAACCCCUGAAACAAAAACGUGAACGUAGUGGAGCAAUCACGCGCCCUUUCUUCUGGAGAUAAAAUGGAAAACUGGGGAUUCUAGUUGGUUUGACGGGCAAAACACACUCAAAAUCUGCCCCUUCAACGAAGCUCGCUCGCUCCCCUGUAUAAGGCGGCUCCGGUCAACAGUGAGUCCGUUGCUUUGCAAUUUUCGGCCAGACUCAUAAAGCACCCGUUGUCAUGCAAUUUCCCAUGCGGUUGAAUUUUCGUUCCAAGCUUUCUCAGCAAGUGCUUCCUACGAUUGCGAGGCGUCCACGAAGCGUCUUGGUUUACUGUUUUCUUUCCAGUCCAAAGUGUAUGGGACCGUCUUCUUCCCGUGCUGUUGCCGGCCGUGUACGCGGUUCGGCGAGGUUGCCCUAAUUGUCUCUUGCAUGUCCAGGGUGGCGGUGCUGUGCGUGCAACCGUCUCUCGCAUUUCUCACCUUUUCCGUGAAUCUUGGGGCUGCCAAGUUGCUCGUGAACACCUCGGACAGAUUCGAACCAUGGCGGCGAUUGGCAUGCCCCCACACAUUUUGGCGUUGUUUCAGGCACGCCCCCCUUUGGACCCGUUUCCGGCCUUCAAGAAAAAGCAUACCCGCGGGUACGUAGGCCUGGCAGACUAUGUGAACAAGUUUGAGAGUGGGCCGCCGCCUCCCACUGUGCCCUACGAGACUCCCAAACAGCGUCUGCUUCGUCAGAAACGCGCGCGUUUGCUCUCGCAUCUCUCGAAGCAGAAAGAGCUCAUCAAACAGUACAACCCGAAGGAAGACAAGAAGUUGACGGGCGACCCCUUUAGAACGCUCUUCGUCGGCGGUAUCAGCUACGAUACAACCGAAAAGAAGCUCAAGCGUGAAUUCGAGCAAUACGGAAGCAUCAAGCGCGUGCGUCUCAUCUAUGACCGAAAUGGGAAGCCGCGGGGAUACGGCUUCAUCGAGUUUGAGAAUGACAGAGACAUGAAGGAGGCCUACAAGAAUGCAGACGGGAAGAAGAUUGAUGGCCGCCGUGUCUUGGUCGACGUAGAAAGAGCGCGAACUGUCCCGGGCUGGCUUCCGCGCCGCCUCGGCGGCGGACGCGGCAAGCCUCGUGGUUCCAACACAAAGCCGAAGAAGCCUCCAAUGACUGCUGGACAUCUCCAGCUCUCGCUGUUGCCUCCUCUGCCCACUCCUCCUGAUCCGGCGACUCUCAUGGAGAAGAAGCGACGCGACGAAGAACGACGGAGGGAGAGAGAAAGAGAGAGAGAACGCGGGCGUAGCAGGAGCCGAGAAAGAAAGGACCGGAAGAGGAGUCCAGGGCGCGACCGAAGCCGGAGUCGAGAGCGAAGGCGAUGAAUACACUUUUCCGGACUACGGCCUGGUCUCCGAGACCUCUUGUGGCUUUGCACCUGAUUCGAGCUUGAGGUCAAGAACGGAGCACAUGCCUCCCAACUCCUUCGGGAAGCGAGCCGACAUGUAGAUGCGUUUCUGUGUCACGAAGGAAGCAGGUGGAAAAGUUACCCCGACAGGACUCGCAGAAGUGGAAGGGUCGUUCGGGUUCCGUGUUCAGGCCGCAGUUUAUAUCGUUGGAUUUGUCUUUGUCACGGUUGGUCGGGACCGUGCGACUCGCGACAGUGCGUGCGUCAAGUGGGUGAAAUGCCUAUUCUUCUAGGAGUAAUGAACAGAUUUCACUGUAGGACAAGUGGCGCCAUAUCCUUGUACAGCGCGCUUGCACUUUUUUAAAGCACGGAUGAAAAAGACUGCUGAAGCACGGCUUGCCUUUCCUCUUUACGUUUCGUUGCCUCAUCUCACGUUUCUGUUCGUUUUGUCUUCCGAAUUGCAAUGCACUCUGUCUUUAAAAAGUCUUGCACAACACUCUUGCUCGACUUUUUCC